AUGUCUCCUCCAAAUGAUAACUCGGCACAUCAAGGCGCAUUCCUGAGCCCAAUUGUGGUAACCAGUACAUCGGGCAGAGAGCGCUCGCUAUCUAUCUCAUCAGCAACUGCAUCUUCAUCAUGGUCCAGUCCAACAGAUCUAAACCAUAGCCCAUCUUCUUCUCUAUCCCCAGAUAUGGCUUGGAACCUAGACCCAACCCGUUUAGGUGUUCACCAUAUGUCACAUAGACCAUCCCAGUCUAUCGAUGGAGAGACUCUGCGUCCUCGCUCGGAUUCCUUUGCUUCAAAUACGGAUACAGCAGUCCGGUCUCGAGCAAACUCCGAUGUCCACUCAUCAACCCUCCACUCAACCUUACAAUAUGAUGAUGUCCCAUUGUCUGAGGCACUAUCACCAGAUCCUCGUGAUAAAGCAGAUUUCGAUGUCCUCGAUAACCGCUUUGCGUUCUCGCCUGGUCAACUGAAUAAAUUACAAAAUCCAAAGUCCCUAGCUGCGUUUCAUGCUCUAGGUGGCUUACAAGGCCUUGAACGCGGUUUACGAACUGACCUCCAAGCUGGAUUAUCUGUUGAUGAGGGUCGACUUGCUGGCACUGUUACUUUCCAGCAAGUAACCCCUCCUCUACCUAGACGGCUUUCAACGGCUAAGCCACCGCUUGAAGAGUUAGAGGAAUCUAGUACAACACAGCUACCUGUCCCGGUAUCUACUGGUGAAGGUACGCAAUUUGAAGAUCGGUUUCGAGUCUUCGGGCAGAAUAAACUACCCGCGAGGAAAUCCACAGGGUUCUUGAAACUGUUCUGGAUUGCGUAUAAUGAUAAAAUUAUUAUUCUGUUGACUAUUGCGGCUAUUGUGUCUUUGUCUUUGGGUAUCUAUGAGACAGUCGAUGAUGGCACAGGUGUGGAGUGGGUGGAAGGUGUUGCUAUCUGUGUGGCUAUUUUGAUUGUUACAGUUGUCACCGCUGUGAAUGACUGGCAAAAGGAACGACAGUUUACUAAGUUGAAUAAACGGAAUAAUGAUCGUAAGGUCAAAGUCAUUCGCUCGGGCAAGUCUAUGAUGAUAUCUGUCUACGAUAUUACUGUCGGUGAUGUCCUUCACCUAGAACCCGGUGACUCCAUUCCUGCCGAUGGAAUUCUAAUCUCAGGACAUGGUAUCAAAUGUGAUGAAUCAUCUGCUACUGGCGAGUCAGACCAGAUGAAGAAGACAGAUGGACAUGAAGUCUGGCAGCAGAUCAUUGAAGGAAGAGCUACUAAGAAGCUUGAUCCUUUCAUGAUCUCUGGAAGUAAGGUUCUUGAGGGUGUUGGCACCUACCUGGUUACCAGUGUUGGCCCAUACUCCACCUACGGUCGAAUCAUGCUCUCUUUACAGACUUCAAAUGACCAGACUCCGCUUCAAGUGAAGCUUGGUCGAUUGGCUGACUGGAUUGGAUAUUUGGGUUCAGCUGCUGCGAUAAUUCUUUUUCUUAUCUUGUUAUUCCGCUUCAUCGCCGACCUUCCGAACAAUACGGGAAACUCUGCUGCAAAGGGCAAGGAAUUUGUGGAUAUUCUAAUUGUCGCCGUAACAGUCAUUGUGGUCGCUAUUCCGGAGGGUCUUCCACUGGCCGUGACACUUGCUUUGGCAUUUGCUACUACUCGAAUGGUCAAGGAGAAUAACCUCGUGCGUGUUCUUCGAGCCUGUGAGACUAUGGGAAAUGCCACUGUAAUUUGUUCCGAUAAAACGGGAACUUUGACGCAAAACAAAAUGACAGUGGUUGCUGGCACUUGGAGCUCAACUGAAAAAUUCAGCCAACCCACUGAGAUCGAAAAUGAGACCACUGGUAAUAACCCAUUGAGUAUCUCGGAACUAUUUCAGAAGUUCUCCACCUCGAUGCGAGAUCUCAUUAUAAAAAGUGUUGCUUUAAACUCUACCGCUUUUGAAGAGGAAAAAGAUGGUCAAAAGGAGUUCGUGGGAAGUAAAACCGAAGUUGCCCUUCUCCAAAUGGCUCGUGACUAUUUAGGUAUGGAUCUCGCUUCCGAGCGUGGAUCUGCGGAAAUUGUUCAGUUGAUUCCAUUUGAUUCUGCUCGGAAAUGUAUGGGUGUGGUUUACCGUCAUCCGUCCGUGGGCUACCGUUUACUUGUUAAAGGUGCCUCCGAGUUGAUGGUCCACGCUUGUACUACUCAGAUCACCGAUCUUGACGUGUGCAAGGAAUCACUCUACACGGAAUUUAUUUCCAAUGAUCAGAGAGAAUCUAUCUUGGCGGCUAUUGAUCAAUAUGCCAAAGGAUCACUUCGAACGAUUGGAAUUGUUUACAAGGAUUUUGCAUCUUGGCCUCCUACCAAGACUAAGAGACUAGAAGAUAAUCCCUCUUCUGCGGACUUUGACGAUGUAUUCCACGAUAUGACUUGGGUUGGUGUUGUGGGAAUUAAAGACCCUCUCCGUCCUGAAGUCCCAGCUGCUAUUCGCAAGUGUCAUUCCGCUGGAGUCCAAGUCAAGAUGGUGACAGGAGACAACGUCGCCACAGCUACAGCCAUCGCAAUAUCCUGUGGUAUUAAAACCGAAGAUGGUCUUGUUAUGGAAGGCCCCAAGUUCCGUCAAUUAUCCGACGGAGAAAUGGAUCAGGUCGUUCCCCGUCUUCAAGUCCUGGCACGUUCUUCACCCGAAGAUAAGCGUAUUCUAGUUGAAAGACUCAAGGCACUCGGUGAAACCGUUGCUGUCACUGGUGAUGGUACCAACGAUGGACCAGCUCUGCGAACUGCAGAUGUUGGAUUCUCCAUGGGUAUUGCCGGGACAGAGGUUGCCAAGGAGGCUAGCUCGAUUAUUCUUCUAGACGAUAACUUCCGGUCCAUUGUUACGGCUAUUUCCUGGGGACGAGCUGUUAAUGAUGCUGUGGCGAAGUUCCUGCAAUUUCAGAUUACGGUCAACAUCACUGCUGUGGCCUUGACUUUUGUGUCAUCUGUGUAUAGCAGCUCAAACACUAGUGUUUUGACUGCGGUUCAGCUUCUCUGGGUUAACCUCAUCAUGGAUACUUUUGCAGCUUUGGCUCUUGCCACGGAUGCUCCGACAGAGAAGAUCUUGGAUAGAAAACCAGUCCCGAAGAGCGCCUCUCUCUUUACUCUAACAAUGUGGAAAAUGAUUCUGGGCCAAGCAAUCUACCAACUAGCCAUUACAUUUAUGCUCUAUUUCGCUGGUGAUAAGCUUCUAAGCGCACACCUCGUGACAGACGACCCCGAUCACCGCGCAAAGCAACUUUCAACAGUGGUCUUCAACACAUUCGUAUGGAUGCAGAUCUUCAACGAAUUCAACAACCGUCGCCUGGAUAAUAAGUUUAAUAUCUUUGAAGGCAUGUUCAAAAACUAUUGGUUCCUCGGUAUCAACGCCAUCAUGAUCGGUGGACAAAUCAUGAUCGUAUACAUUGGAGGCGAGGCCUUUGGUGUAACCCGGCUCAGUGGCAUUCUCUGGGCAGUUUGUCUGAUCUGUGCACUUGGAUGCUUACCAUGGGCUGUUGUUCUACGUCUUAUUCCUGAUCGUCAUUUUGGAACCGUGUUCCAUGCGAUUGUUGGAGCCUUCGCUUUUAUUUUGAAGCCUUUCGUGAAGCUUUGGAACGUCUUUGUUCGCGGUGUAAAAGUUUACUUCCAGCCUGUUGUCCGAUUUACUCAGAGAGCCUUCUCAAAAAGGAAUACUGAGUCGGAUGAGUCUCCUGAGGUUCCCUUGGAUGCUCCGACUACAGACGAGGAAAAUGUCCCUACAAAAUCCGUUUCUCAGGAUAUCCCUGAGCGUCCUCGCACCCCGCCGGCGAUUGUGGUGCCUCCUAUUACAGUUACUAUUUCCCCUUGA